CCAGAUUGGGUUUGGUUUUUAUCCAAACCGAUAAUUAAAAUUUCUCCUAAGACCAUCUUCCUUUUCCCUGUCAGAACUAUGAAUGUUUAAAAUUUGGAGCAAAUUCAUCCUUAACCAGCCAAAAUGAAUUUGCCCACUGGAAAAAUAUCAGUAUGGAGAGAAGACGAAGCGAAGGUCUCGUUCUCUCUGUAAUUGAAAGUAGAAGCAGAAGAAGCUUUUCAAUUGGACAGAAAGUAACGAAUUUGAGUGACAAGGGAAUUUGUGACAGCUGCUAUUAUUGGCAUUUAAUGCAAAGCAAAAUAAAUCAAAGACCAUUAAUGCCAAUAAAUCAAAGACCACCGGCCGGGAUUGAUGAUUAAGGGAGAACUGUUGUGCAUUAAAUCCGGUUCUUAAAUGUUUGAAACCGGAAUUUAUCGGUUUUAAAAAAUUAGAAUCGAAAUCUAUCUAAAAUAAAUUAGUAUCGGUUUUUGCCCGAAACCAAAAUCCAAAUACGAUUCCCGUUCGGAUAUUUGCUCACCCUUAACCUACAUUGUUCUCAAAUUAAUAAUAACAUCACAGUUUCGUAGCCGGACAAGCAGAGAAGGAAAGAGUUUCUGAGCAAUUAUGUACGCAAGCGAAGAAAUGAUACCUGUGUUCUCUUCUUCUUCUGUGGAUCCCCCGUCACAGCAACAACAAGAAGAGCAACUCGCAGCGUACAGACAUAUUCAUCAAAACGAAUUCUUUCAGCGCAAGCAUAAGAAGCAGAAGGAUGAGGAUAUCGCCGUCUGUGUAUGUAAAUAUGAUGCCAGUAAUCCAGAGAGUGCGUGUGGAGAGCGGUGUUUGAAUUUAUUAACAAGCACUGAAUGUGCUCCUGGAUUUUGUCCUUGUGGUGUUUUUUGCAAGAAUCAAAGAUUUCAGAGGUGUGAAUAUGCUAAGACGAAGUUGUUUAAAACUGAAGGCCGUGGGUGGGGUCUUUUGGCUGAUGAGAAUAUGAAGGCAGGGCAAUUUAUUAUUGAAUACUGUGGUGAAGUGAUAUCAUGGAAAGAAGCAAGGAGAAGGUCCCAAACCUAUGAAAUUCAAGGUCUGAAGGAUGCAUAUAUCAUUUGUCUCAAUGCUGCUGAAUCCAUUGAUGCCACUGCAAAGGGAAGCCAUGCUAGAUUUAUAAAUCACUCAUGCCAACCAAAUUGUGAGACAAGAAAGUGGAAUGUAUUGGGAGAAACCAGGGUUGGAAUAUUUGCAAAGCAAGAUAUUUCUGUUGGAACUGAACUGGGGUAUGAUUAUAAUUUUGAAUGGUAUGGUGGCAAUAAAGUUCGCUGUCUCUGUGGUGCAGCCAGUUGUACUGGAUUUCUUGGAGCAAAAUCUCGUGGUUUCCAGGAGGAUACUUAUCUCUGGGAGGAUGACGAUGACAGGUAUUCAGUGGAAAACAUACCACUUUAUGAUUCUGGAGAAGAUGAGCCUUUCACCAAGCUUCUCAAAAGUAUGGAUUCAUUGAAACCUGGAACUGAUGCUGAUGGAAAAAAUGACUAUGCCAUGGCACUGAGUGUUGGUGUUAAAAGCGAACCCCUGUUGGAAUCUACUUCUCUUGUUGUUCAGCCACUUGAAUCUGUUCUGAUGGAAGAUGUAGCUGUGAAUAUUGCACCAAAAACAGAAGAAAGUAAAGACACGAAAUUGUAUUUGAAAGAUACUCAACAGGCCUUUCCACAGAAGAAUGCAAUGGUAUCUCGUAUCAGAAGUAACAGUGCAUGUCGUAACUAUCACAUUGGUCCAGGCCCUGUGCCAAGGAAAAGGUCACAGCUGUAUUCUGAUGGGAAGUUGAAAAAUCCUUCGCAAAAGCAAGUUGACGCAAAACAUGUUGCCCAACUCUUGGCAUCAAAAGAAGCACGAGUGGAGAUUCUCAGAAAUGAGGAACUGAAGAGGGAGGCUACCUCCCAGCUUUCGUCCUUGUACGAUGAAAUACGCCCAGCUAUCGAGGAGCAUGAGAGGGACAACCAAGACAGUGUGGCCACCAGUGUAGCUGAGAAAUGGAUCGAAGCGAGCUGCUUGAAACUGAAGGCAGAGUUUGAUAUGUAUUCCUCCAUUAUCAAAAACGUUGCAUGCACUCCAAAAAGAACACUCAACCAAGUGAAACCUAGCGACGGAAACAAUUCUAACGAAGUGAAGUAUUUAGGAUUCUGAAAAUGCCGGUUUUCUGCCUCUCUUCCUUGGUUUCUCUCAUCUGCUUGAGAUGGAGAGUCAUCCUUCUACUCCUAACCAAACACCUUUACUUGCGCAUUAUAGCCCCUGACAAUCAUUUGGUUCAAAUGCGGAACAAAUUUUGUUUCAUUAUCAUAAGAUCGACAAUGAAUUUUCGUAAAUCUGAUUCGUACCAAUUGCUUGUAAGUCAUAGGAGUCUAAAGCGAAACUCAAAUCAUCUUCCGCUUUAAGGGAAAAGUUAAUGCUGGUUGAUCGCGAUUUUGAGCCA